AUUAUCAUUAGAUAUGUGCAACACUAGCGUGACAACAUAAUAGGUUCUUAGAGUUUGAUUUUAACUUAUGAUUUCGAAGCCAUUGAAAUUGUUAGCGGGUAUUUUGUUUUUGUUUACACUUGACUGAUUUAUGUAUAUACCUUUAAAUUCUUGAACACAUUAUUGAAUUAUGCUUAUAUUUCUAGUUCUUAAUUCACAUAUUCAUAUUGUUCUUUAUAUAUUUGCCAAAAGAAAAUAAUCCAAGUAGUACUUGUUAAUAAUUGAUGAGUUAGACUUGGAGCCUGGCGGAACAUAUAAAACUUAUGUUAGGUAACCAUUAGUCUAUACAAAUUAAUAUUAAAUGCACCACCAAAAAGACAUACAAACAAUCCACAUUGGUUGAAGUUGUAAUUAAUUAAAUAAGUAAUAUUGCUUUGUCAUGAUACAAACAAUCUUUUGGCCUAUUACUUAAAUAAUUCAUGUAUUUGAAUAGUCAAUUAAUUUGGCCAAGUUGAUGUAAUAAUAUAAUGUUUAAUGUUUUUAAUUUUUCUCUUAUUACCUUUCAAUAGCAAUUAAGAAACAUCUGAUAAUCAUUUAUUGUACUUGUGAGGAGAAGAGAAUCAUGGCUGUAGAGUUGGUAGUGGGACCUGUUAUUGCUGCUUCUGUUGGGUUUUUGCUGAACAAGAUCGUUUCUUCUGAAGGGUCAAGCUUCUUAAGGGGAAAGAAAAACUCUGGUUUUGAUGGGCUUCUUGACAAGCUGAAGACAACAUUGCUAUCUCUUUCUGAGGUACUUGGUGAUGCUGAGCAUAAGCAGAUGAUGAGAAACCCCAAAGUUGAGGAGUGGCUGGACAUGCUUAAAGUUGCUGUGGAAGAUGCUGAGAACCUCUUUGAGGAAAUUGAAUAUGAUGCUCUCAAACAUAAGGUGGAUGCAGAGUUAAAGCCUAACAAAACCAAGGUAAGGAAAUUCUACUCUAGUUUAAACUCAACUGAUAAGGACAGAAAAACUGAUAUGAAGAAUCUUCUUGAGAGGUUGGAAACUUUUAAAGAACACAUGUUCAUCCUUCAUUUGGAAAACCGUGUGGAAAAGAUUCAAUCACUGAAACCACCCUCAAUAUCAUCUAUUGAUGAUUCUGAGUUUUUUGGUAGAGAUUAUGAAAAGAAUCUUUUGAAAAAUUUGUUGCUGUCAGAGGAGAUAGGUAGAGAAAAGAUAUGUGUGAUUCCAAUAGUGGGCUUGGGUGGGAUUGGUAAAACUACUUUGGCUCAAGCUGUUUAUAAUGAUGAUGAAGUUAAGAAACAUUUUGAACACAAGACAUGGGUUUGUGUAUCAGAUGAGUUUGAUGUUUGUAAGGUAAUGAAAAAUGUGCUUGAAGCAGUAACUAGAAAUGUUUCUACUUUUGAGAGCUUGAAUGUGAUGCAAGAGAAGAUACAAGAAAAGUUGAAGGAUAAGAAGUUCUUGAUAGUUUUGGAUGAUGUUUGGUGUGAAACAUUUGACUUAUGGGAUACAAUGAGGGUGAUUUUCAAAGUGGGAGCUCAAGGUAGUAAAAUAAUCGUCACAACAAGAAGUCAAAAAGUUGCAUCCAUCAUGGGAACAACUAGUUUUCCCCAUCUUAACGAGUUGAAUGAAGAGGUUUGCUUGGAGUUAUUUGUAAAGAUUGUAUCUAGCAAUAAAGAAUUCAACAUGGUUUUAGACUUGAAAAGAAUUGGCAAAGAAGUUGUUCAAAAAUGCAAAGGUUUGCCAUUAGCUGUGAAAGUAAUUGCAAGGCUCUUGUGCCAUACAGAUGUUAAGCAGUGGGAGAGAAUAGCAAAGAGUGAUGUGUUGGAUUUUGCAGUUAGAGAAGAUAACACUCUUCCGGCAGCUUUAAGAUUGAGUUACCAUUAUCUUCCAUCACAUUUAAAACGAUGUUUUGUUUAUUGUGCCAUAUUCCCCAAGGACUAUCAAUUUACAAAGAAGGAAAUGGUCUCAUUGUGGAUGAUUUUUAAUUUGUUGGAGAAGCAAUCAAGUGGAAAUAAAACAAGAGAUGAACUGGGAAAUGAGUAUUUUAAUGAUUUAGUGUCGCGAUCAUUUUUUCAACCAUGUAUGAAUAGUAAGAAAGGAGAUUGUUUCGUGAUGCAUGAUCUCAUAGUUGACUUGGCUAGUUUUGUUUCUAAGGAAAAGUUUAUAUUUUUAGACAGAAACAAGUUGUGUGGAAUUGAAUUGAUAAAGCAAGCAAGGGAUAUUGUAGUUGAAGGUGGUUCUCAUAUGAUAUUCAAAUCUAUCUCUCAAGCAGCUUGUUUGCAUACAUUUUUGUGUGCGGGCAGAUCUGUCAAGGUUCCAGACGAAUUAGUGCAGCGUUUCGUGGAAGAAUUGUUGAAGUUGAAGCAUUUAAGAGUUUUAUGUUUAGUUUGUAAGAGACUUGUCUAUGAAUUGCCUGAAUCAAUAGGUGAAUUAAGGCACCUCUGCUACUUGCGUUUUGGUUACACUUCAUCCAUAGAGUUGCCCAAAUCUUUUUCCAUGUUGUACAAUUUACAAACAUUAAUAAUAGAUGAAUGUUUGAAUCUCACUAAGCUCCCUAAAAAUUUCCAUAAUCUAAUUAGUUUGAAACAUCUCGACAUUGUUGAUUGUUCUAAACUUUGUACAUUGUCCACACUUGGGCAAUUAUCAGCUCUUGAAACUCUUUGCAUUGAAGGAUGUAAAGGAAUAGAGAGAGUGGGUGUUGAGUUUUAUGGGACUACUUGUACACCAUUUGCAUCAUUGGAAACCUUGAAAUUUGAUGGACUGGAAAAUUGGAAGGAAUGGUCAAUGCCAAAUGCUGAAGCUUUUCCAAAGCUAACAUCACUUGCUAUACAACGGUGUGGAAGUCUCUUAGGAGACUUGCCUUUCCACUUACCAUCUUUGACAGAGCUUGAUCUUUUAAUGUGCUCGAAGCUUUGUUCUUCGCUUCCAAUGAUGCCGAAUGUCAGUAAAGUUAGUAUCAAGUUCUGUAGAAAGCUUAUAGAAGUUUUAGCUGCUAACAUAUACGAAUCGUUCCAAGAGCUUUCCAUUGACUUAUCUGACUCUGAAAGCUCCAUUGAAUUGCUUCAUAUAGACUCCUUCCCCAAUAUCAGGACUGUCGAAAUUGACUGGUAUGAAGAUGUGGAGUCUUUCUUGCUAUUUAAAAGCCCCAUAAACACUCUAUCUACUCUUUCUAUCACAGGAUGCCAUAACAUCACAUUAUUAUCUGAUAACAACCUCUGUUGCCCAAAUUUGACUCAACUGGAGCUCUCAAAUUGCAGCAAAUUAAGGUUUCUUUUUGAUAAACUGCCUAGUGUUCUUCCUUCUCUACAAGAACUACUUAUUGUUGAUUGUCAAGAGUUAGAAUCACUUCCUAAAUUUGGGUUGCCUCUCAGUUUGCGUAAGCUCAAACUCGUAGGCUGCUACAAGUUGUUUGCAUCUAGAAAGAAAUGGAAUUUGCAAGCACUUUCCAAUCUGAUAAGCUUUGAAUUGGGAAGGUAUAAAGGUGAAGAUAUGGUAUCCUUUCUAGAGCAAGGGUUCCUGCCAACUAGUCUUACCUCCCUUACUCUUACUCAUCUUCCUUAUCUUAAAACCUUAGAUGAUAAGGGAUUUCAAGAGCUCACAUCCUUGAAAGAACUACGCUUGAAUGAGUGCCCCGAAUUGGAGACACUUCCAGUGAAAGGGCUGCCACCAUCUUUUGAAGGUACACUGCCACCUUCAUUCAAAAGUUUCUUCAUGGAAAGUUGCUAUUUACUGAAACAAAAGUAUGAAUGGAAGAAAGAAAAAGCAUACGAUUAUGGAGCGAGCCAAUCCAGUAUGAUGAUUUCUUGUGUUCCUCGUCCUCAAGCUACAAUCAGCAUUCAGUCAAGUGCCCAUCAAUAAGGGGUUCUUCUAGUGGUACGUUUCUUGUUCAUGCAUCAAAUUUAAUUAUCUUUUAACAUUUUGUAUAUACAAUUAAUUAAUGUGCUUUAAAGCAAUAUGGAUCUUCUUAUGUGGAACUAAUUUGGUUUAUGUGAGGUUCCUUUUUAUAAUUAUUUUUGUUUAAUAAAAACAGUUAAUCCUAUGUGAAUUCUCUUUUUUAUUUCUUAUCAUUCCAUUACUUUUAACAGAUUAUGUUACUUGAAAUUAUUACAUAGUCAGAUUGGGAAGACAUUAGCUGAUAAUUAAAUCAUUUGGGAGGCCAUUUCCUUCACCAUUUAUUUGGUCGUGAGGUAAUUUCACAAAGUAAUUAAAUUAUAU